AUGUCUAGUUUUGUCAGUAUCCUUGCACUUGUGCCUUUGGCACUGGCUGCCAGCCCGAUCAUGUUGGUCCCUAAUCAGUCCAUGAUUUUCAAAGAAAACGACUACGCAGUGAACGCUGGUAGAAAAGGAAUACCCAUUGCGUCUGAUGGAAAUUGCAUGAAUUUUGACAACAUACCCGACUAUUUUGUUGACCAAAGUAUCAGCCGCAUGAAUGUUGGAUCAAUCUAUGUCCCAUGUCCGUCCGAGGUCAAGCAGGACGUGAUGUGCUCAAUGUACACCGACAACUCCUGCAACAACGAGCUGUUCACGUUUACCCGACCCCAUGCGAAUUUGCUCAGACGAGCUGUUGCCGAUGGUGUAGGCAGACACGUUAGAAGCAUCAAAUGCAUGACGGUCCAUUCUCCUGCUGACAGACAGGGACAUAUCUUCUCAAGUGAUCACGUCUCUACCAAGAGCCCAAGCAACUGCCCCAAUGACAGCUGUUCCAGUGAGCUGAGCUGUCAGUCAAACCACCCGGAUUAUGGCAUGUACUGCUCUUCAAGCUCCAUGACCUGCCAGAGAACCUCUGUAGCUGGCGCCCUUUGCAGAGAGGACGGCCAGUGUGUUGCGGGUCACUGUCAGAGCGGAAUGUGUAUGGCUGUUGCAGAGAAUCUGCGUUGCCAGCGGGGUUCUGAGUGUCCUUCUGGCCUGCGGUGUCGUCCUAACCGAGUUCGCAAUUCGUCUGGAGCAUCUAGUGUCGAGAUGGUCUGCAUGAAAGAUGAGGAUGUUCGUGGCAUGCAGUGCUCGGCUGAAAAGCCUUGUAAAGAGCAUAUGUCGUGCAGUCUUCAACAUGAAACCAACACGUAUUUCUUCGUGGAGGAUGUCGAGUUUGAAGGAAAUGGUAUCUAA